AUGAAGUACCUAGUGUUUUUGCUACUGUUUGGAUGUCAAGUACUGAUCAGGGGUGAUGAGCUGUUGGACUCGGAAGAGCCUCCAGAGGGCUACUAUGCGUUCAUAGAAUCGCCCUCUGCUGUUCCGCCAAAGGUGCGUUCGCCACCGUACACGCACAUUAACAUUGAGUGUAAGGAAGCAACCAACCCAAAACCCUACGUAUCCGCCAACAAUCUGUGCGGCGAUCUGAACAAAGGAAAGAUUCCACGCAAUCCAAUGAAGCAAAAUGUACUAGGCGAACCAUACCCGUUCGAGUUGAUCCGUAACCAAACGCUCAAGUUCCUGUCCAAGACAUUGCCCGUGCUUAAGGCAGAUGAUACGCUACCGAAGGUAACACAAAUCAUUCCCGAUGAACCCGUGGAUCAGUUCGAUGAUAAUGGCAUUGGUCGCAGAAUGGGUAAAUCCAUGCGUAUGGAGGAGGAACGUCGCACGGAGGAGGACGGGCGGGCACCGCGAAAGUUCUGCGAUGGUGGUGGUGUGUUCUGUGCUUUGUACCGUGCCAUUCAGGGAGAACCGCUCAGUAGCAAAUUGGUAGCGGAACGGCGUGAAGAGGCAGCCGCUUAUCCACCGCCACCCCGUUACGAGGGACCUCCAACGCCAUGCCCGGCGAAGGUCGAGUACGCAACGCCAGUGUUUGCUAAAAACUAUCAAGGAUCGUGGCGCUAUGUUGUGCAAAUUCCCUACGAGGGUUACUUCACGCAGACGGUAGAAGUAACGCGCUGUUUACAAGCCCGUUGCCACUACCUGGACGGCGGAUGUCUGUCCUCUCCACGUUGGGUUAGUUUGCUGGUUGCGGAAAUAUUCUAUCCGAACGCGGAAGAACAGUCCACGGCACCGACGACGACCACCACUACGGCUCCAUCGAUCCAGGACUUCCAGGCAUAUCAGCAGUAUCUGCAAAAGCGUGCCGGACUGCCGACGGACAACGUGUACGAAAGCGGGCUCAACGGAAGCCCACAGCAACAGCAACAAGCGCCAACUGCGGCCGCCUCCACGGCUAAAGCAAACCAGCACUGCGAUGGUCACGAUGAGAUCGGAUGCUUCCAGGUGCGACUGUACUACGAUUGGUUCCUCAUUCCCGGCUCAUGCAAAUGUUGGCGACCGGAUUACUUUGCUAAAUACGUGCGAAAACGACCAUCGCCGGAUCUGUAA